GUGAAGCUUCUCGAGGGCCCGCUCGGCCUCCCCUUGCAAGUGCUCGAAAAAAUCCAACUUAGCCGAAGGCCUAUUUUCUGCAAGGUAGUAGCCGUAAGUGUAAGACCAUUUCAAGACUCGCCUGCACUCGACCACUUGCUCCCAAGCCUCCACCACGAACCUCAGCCUGUCCUCAGUCUCCUCCUGAGUUUCAAAAAGCCUCUUCAUGUCGGCCAGGGCAAUCCCCCUCGACUUGUUGUUCGAAGCCCACCUCUCGUAAUAAUGCAUGUACCGUUCAAAAUACCUGGUUUGGGCGAGGCUAGUGUCCUUCACCGCCGUGCUGUUGUGGUAACUGUUGCAUCCUUGAUGGUUAGCAAGCGGCUGGAGGCAAAGCCAACAGAACUGGAAAUGGCAAGGCGGCCUGCAAGUCAUCACGUUGCAGCCCUGGUUCUUCUCUAUGGGCCGCCCGCACUUUGGGCAAGGCUUCGUGUACGCCUGUAUCCACUUUACGUUCUCUGCCUCAGAUCCGUUUUUCUCAGCCCACUUCCCCACCGUCCGGCAGUCCACCGGGCUGUGGAUCUCAUCCCCGCACCCGAAGCACAUCCUGUGGCCGCACCCACACCCCACCUCGCACGCACCCCCGCCUCCCUCAACCUCGAUCGCCAGCUCGCACCCGGGGGCAGAGCACCACCUCCUCUUCCUCGGGCUGCACUCCACGUACCGGUAGUACUUGGCCCUCUCGUCCGGGCUGGCCAGGGCGUCAACAAGGUCAGGGCCUACCUUGGUUUCGCAUCCGGGCUCGGGGCAGGGCAGGGUCAGGCAGCCCGACCCGGUCUCGAUCGAUGUGCUGACGUAGCCCCUCCAGCACUCGGUGCAGAAGCGGUGGUUGCAGUCCCCGGCCGACAUCAUCGACGGCGCGUCGCUGGUUUCGAAGCAGAUCUUACACAACCCGGAUUGUUCGGGCCGGGCCGGUUUUGGGGAGGGCCCGGGGUGGUCGUCGCUGAACCAUUUGUCGUAGAGGGAGCUGGGCGUCCAGUUGCUCUGGUAGAGGAGAGUGCAGGCGACGCUACGGGAGACGGAGAGGACAGUGCAGACGUCGGAGAUGUUCGCGUCUUGGAUUUCACGAAUCUGAUGUUCGGAGAGGAUUUUGCAGCGCUGAUUGUGGCGAUCGGGGGAGGCGUAGUUUUGGAGUUGGUGUGGGUCGUCGUGUUCGAGUAUUGUUUCUUCACCGUCGCUGGAGUAGAGAUCGUCUUCUUCGGAGCCCAUGUU